GGGCCCCCGCUCCAUCCUGCUAUGUCCGCGUCGUCCGCAACUGCAGCGGGCUCUCGUUCGCCUUCGCCAGCGACUCCCGAAGCAUCCGAUGGUCCAGAGCCUUUGGUUGUGCGCGACGAUACAGACUUGAACUCUUGGCGUGACUCUCUGUCGAACGGUACUACCGCAGCUUGGGAGAGUGAUAGCGGGUUGUAUCCGGACAGCUCAAAACGCGAGGACGAGCGAAUACUGUCGCUCAAUGACCUGAUUCAUAAUCAUGCCUAUGAUGAGCAGUCCCUCUUAUCUGCUCUCGACGGAACCGCAGUACAGACGUCUGACGUUUCCAGCACGUCUUCUCCACUGCUGCCAUCCGCCUCAGCCUCUCAGCUGGUUCAAUUCAGUAACCUUCUGACUUCCGCCAAUGUUGUCCCUGUCACGAAGCCCGUUCCCCCGCCAACCCCUUUGGCUCGCAAGCGUGAGCCCUCAGCAGCCUCGGACAGAGUUGUUUAUCCACCAAAGGAGUCAUGUUAUAACCUGCCCAUCAUCAUACCGAGCAUUCCCGAAGGGGGUACGAAGUCCCGAGUGGAGACACAAGUUCGAGUAACGAUCGACUUGGCUUACGCCAGUUCAUCAUCCGGAGAGCCGUUCAAAUAUGACAAGAUUGGUUCCUGGAAGUGGUUGAAGCUCCCGAAGGGCACUUCGACAAAAAAGCGGACGCGCAAGGAAGGCAAGAUUGACCCUCAACCGGAAGAUAUCCUUCACCUGGCUGUUGCGGUAACAUGUGCAUCACCCCCUCACAGUCAAGUUAUCAGUUGCUCCAGUUGUCGCACUCGCGAGGCGAAGAGAGUAGCCCGCAAGAUAGCCGCCCGAGUACGACCUGUCCGAUCUGACUCUGAUUCCCUAGACGACCCCAACCGACCGACCGGGCAGCCGAAGCUUGAGGAUACCUCCAGCAUCAUUCAAUUCAACUGCCCAGAGGUCGUCGAUUUCUCUACCGGAUCCGCCAUCUUACCAAUGCGUAUCACUUGCUAUUGCCGACACCAUCGCGAGAAAGUGGGCUUUCAUGUGCACUUCACCAUGGUGGACCACACUGGGAGAAUUGUGGGCUCGGGCACGACUCAUCCCAUCAUGAUCACGGAUGACCACAAGAGCACGAAUAAACAAGGAGGGUCAAACGAAAACUCUGACUGGACUCACGUCGAUCAGACGAGUGAGCUGAACGGAUCGAAACGCAAACUCAACUGUUCCAAGGAUGGUCCGGCUCAGGUUAAGAAGAGGGCAAGGGCACAAGAACGCUCUGCCGACGCUUCGUCCAAUGUUUCCCGCGCCGGGAGCGUAGGUGAUCUCACUUCGCUUUCCCCGACUCUUCCUUCAUAUUUGGGGGCAGGAACCUCGUUAUACUCCGUUAACCCAUCCCUUUUUCCGGGCUCAGACGCUUCAGAGUCCGAAACGUACUUGCCCUCUCCCUCCAACUCACAUGCUUCUACUAAUGAAAAUAUCUCCGAUGCAUUCCGUGCUUUGGAAGCUGUAACCCGUAACAUGGCCCCUACUCCCCAGCAGGCUGCAGUUACUCUGCAAAAUGCGGUAUCGCCGACUUUUUUGCCUACUGCUCCUCCCUCUCCUAUACCCCAAAUUCCGAUGCAAAUGCAGCCUACGUCAAUGCUUGCUCCUCAAACCCUGCCCUUCUUAUUCAACUUCAAUCCUGACUUUCGGCCCCCUGCUACCAGCCUCCCGCCACCGAAGAUCCAUCGACUUAUUCCAGCAUCUGGACCGACAUAUGGCGGUAUUGAAGUUACGAUCCUUGGCAUGAACUUCCAUCCAUCGAUGCAGUUGAACUGCGUCUUUGGCGACGCAGUGGCGAGUUCUACGCAUAGGUGGAGCGAUAACACUCUGGUAUGCCUGCUCCCGCCUCGGGUGUCUGCUGGUGUCGUCGCUGUGUGGUUUGAGGGCAUUGAGAAGGACGACUCUAUGCCCCCGACAAUGUUUACGUACAUUGAUGAGUCAGACCGAGCGCUUAUGGAACUUGCGCUUCAGGUCGUAGGUCUGAAGAUGACCGGUAAACUAGAGGACGCGAAGAAUGUGGCUAUGCGUAUUGUCGGCAAUGCAGGCCCGCACGACUCUCAGAACGGGGACGACCAAUCGAUUCCGAUGCAAGUCGCUGCUUUAGCUGCCCUGUCGCGCGCUAACGGUCUGCACGGGGAUAUCGAGCAACUAGUUAUCAAGCUAUUGUCUAUUCUCGACACACCUAGCGAGAGAGGCACGGGCGUCGCAACAAGCGACGCAAUCUCCCUGCAGAGUUCUAGUGGCCACACCCUGCUGCACCUGGCGACUUUCCUCAAAUUUUCGUCCCUGGUGAAAUUCCUGCUUGAACAUGAUAUUGAUCCGGAUGUCCGAGAUCAGAACGGAUUCACCGCAGCGCACUUCGCCGCUAUUACUCCAUCCAAAGAAUGUCUGCGCUUGCUGGUCCGCAGUGGUGCGGCUCUGGAUAUCGUAAACGUGGGCGGCGAAAUACCGGAGGAGAUCGCCCCACCCGAUCUUUUUGAUGAUCUCUACGCCGAGACGGACAGUGACCGCGAAUGGAGUCCGCCUGGGAAUCGUGAGGACGAGGAAGCCACAUGGGGGGACGUAGAAGACGACUCGGAGGAAGAAGCUCGCAGUGCCACCAAGCGUGCUGUACGUCGGGGACCUCCUGAGAAGGAUCACGAAUCUCAUGGGAAUCCCUCGAGUGAAUAUACACCGGCUACUCAGUCCAAGUCGCCGACACAGCACAAGCAGGACGGUGUAGAUGAGAAGCAGGCUGCUUCUUUGGUCGAAAUGAUCCAGCGGACCCUAGCACAAUUCCAGCCUGCGCAAGGGAUCAUGCCGCAUGUGCCACACAUAGGGCUUCCUCAUAUCCCUGGCAUGCCCAACGUGCCAUGGGGCGCAUUGCCUCAGCUGCCUGUCGUAUUCCCCGUCUAUGUACCCCUUCCCGGCUUGGCAAACUUCUUGACUGAGCGGCGCAGCGGCAGUGACAAGGACAAAGAUAGCCCUGUCCAGCCUCGUGUGGCAGCUGUGCCUUCUGUGCCCGAGUGGUUUACCGUGUUGGAACGGUGGACUAAACAAUAUACCGCUCGUCAGGAGGUUGAAGAGAACCCUCCUCCUGCUUAUACCCCCCGUCAAGCACAUGAGGGCACCAGUGUCAGUAAGACUGCCCUGGAAACACAGCCCUUGACUGCUACAGCACGGCCAGAAAGGAAUAUAGCUCGGCGGCUGAAGCAGGAUACGCCGUUCCCUGACGAAGAAGUGGAUGCCUACACAUAUAAGCCGCCAAAGAAGAGAGUUCCUAAGGGCGGGGAAAAGCACGACCGUAUGCUUAUACUAUUCUGGAUCCCAAUGCUCAUUUUUGGUUUUAUGUGGGCUUUCUUAACUGUUAUUCGUAUUGGCAUCCACGUUCUUCGAGCUACUGUGCCACUCAGAAUGGGCAUACGCUUUAUGGGCGCAUAGACGUGUUCAGCUCUGAAUACGCAUAGGCUCGUAUUUAUGGUCCCACCUUGUUUUGGAGGCUUGCGAUGAAGCUGAACAGACUGAGUCAGAUAUGUUAUCCUGAAUACUGAUGUGAUGUAGUUUUAGACAGCAUGUAGGGCUGUAUCUGUCAUGCGUUGUACACUGUAGAUACCUUAGCUUUGUACAACGGGUUCGUAAUGCGUAUGGAAGAUUGCACGAAGGAGCGUUAUCUGAAC